AUGAAUUCCGCUUGGUUCACUCUGGAAUCUCUUUUGACGUGUCCAUGCACUACAAUCACACUCUGGAAUUCAGACCUGGAAAACAAGGAUUUGGAUGAGAUCUAUAGAAAAUGGAGAGCUGGAGAGUUGCCAAAUCUGAAAUAUCUGAGUAUCCUCAGCCUGAACUUCACAGAUGAUGGAGAUCAUGUUUUGGGAAUGGAUUGA